AUGGAUGAAUUUGCAGUUCCUAUUCUUCAAGAGUGGUAUCACCAGAACAGCAUCAUUUCGACGCCGGAUAACGGAUUGCUGUACACUUCCCGCUUCGAUAUGUGCUACAUUUCACCGUUGGCUUCGAACGAGCAAAUGCCGAAAGUUAAGAUCAUCAACACUGUACGAUUUUUGGCCUGUGCACCAGACUGGCAGAAGGAGCGAACGUUUGCAGUGUUGGACAGCGCAAACAUUGUGUGCGUGUAUGAUCUGGAUCGGGAGGAACCCAUCAAAGGUCAUCGGGCUCAUGUAGCUUCUUUGAACGUGAAGAAGGGCAAAGAUAGCGAUCAGCAGCACAAGGCCAUCACAUCUGCCUUGUGUUUUACCACGAACGGAAAAUUGCUGUCUUGCGAUCAUUCUACACUUGUCAUUUACUGUCUGUUGUCGGACCGCUACAAGAUAUGUGGCAAUAUUUUCGACAAAAAGAGCAUCGUAGUAGUACUGACGCGUGUCCCCAACGAUCCAAGCGUCUACGUUGCCGGAAUGCAGAAUGGUCUGAUUCAGAUAUUUACCAUUAAAAAACCAUCGAUCCUUCACUCCCUUCGACGGCACGAUCACGAGAUAGUGUCAAUUGAUUUGUUGGCUAUUCCCGUUUUGAGGGAAGAAAAACCGCGUAUUGCAUCUGAUCGAAAUGAUCAGCAGGUGGCCACUGGUGAUGAGAAAAAACAGCGCCCUAAACAGAAGGCACAUAAAAAAGCUAAGACCCCGACCGCAGACACGUCAGACUUUCUGGACAUUUACAAUUUCGACGACAAUCAGGACAAGUUUGGAGCCGGAUUGAACCGUGACACGAAGGAAUUAAAGGAAUUUAGCGAUAAGAACACAUGGAGGAGUAGGAGGGUGGAGGAGUACAAUUUUCUGGAGGCGUGUCUAAAGUUUAAAGAAGAUAUAGAUAGAGCCAAACAUGAAGGAAGAUAUACACGUCGCCCGAAGGAUGAAAGCGAUGACGAUGAUGAAGGGGCUCCAGCGUUUGAUGCGGAUGACGAGUAUGAGCUGGAUUUUUGGACACAGCAGUGGGAAUAUGGCAGGAGUGGUGAUGAGGACGAGCUGUCCGAUGAUGAUGCCGAAGAUAAUAACUACGAGCGUAAGCUCAUAAUUGUUAGCGGAAGCCGCGAACAAAAUAUUUUUUUCUGGGAUUACGAAACCGGAUUACCCAUCGGCAAAGUAGUUAUCCAACCCGAUACAUCGAAGCGACUCUGUAACACGAUCUUCACAAAUGCCGUCUGGCUUGAUGAGCGACACGUCGUGGCCAACACCCCCUCCGGGGGCGUCGUAGAAUGGAAGGUGGAAGCGUAUCGCAAAAACAAUUUUGUGAACUUGCGAACCGUAUUGAAUCCGAAACCUUAUCCGGUGGAUAAAAUAUUUCACGUUAUUCGCGCCAAUGCUGGCGAUGGCGCCCGGUAUGUGUGGUGCUCUUCGAUAAACCGAAAGUUGAUCUGCUUGCGGGUUGUCGAAAGCGAGGCACCUACAGUGGCUCUCGAUUAUUCGUGCAUUGUUCCCAAAAAUCGAUGCUUGGUCGAAAAUCCGAUGGAAUCGAUGGUGAUUGCCGUGGCUUCUAGUGCGCCGAGAAUUGCGGUUACUAACCUGAUGAACCUUCAGCCGGACUGCAUUCCCAUCAAAAACUUCUCGAACAAUAUCGGCAACGUAGUGACGGCGCUGGCAUGGCACCCGGAGGAAGAGGAGAGGCUGGCUUUCGGAACCUGCGAAGGACGUAUAGGCAUUCUGAAUACUGAAAGUGUUACUAACGGUCCAAUUUUGCUGAAUGCAUUCAUCAACAAAGAUGUCUACGCCUUAUGCUGGGGCUACCUGACCGACGACAAAAACCAACGACAGCUAGCACUCUUUGCGUCGGGAAAAUCGGAGUUGGCUUACUAUUACUUGUCGGGCCCAGGAAAAUUCAAACCCAUCUUGUGCAAACAGUUUGGAAAAGUAUCCAAUGUAAACAUCGUUGGAAAUCUGUGCUUUAUUGGGAACCAGGAAGGUGAAGCUUUCGUUACGGACUUGGAUCAUAAUAUGAAACAACUCUACCGUGGACAUGUUACAACUCCGAUGCGUUACAUCACCUCACUCGAGUACAAGGGCAACCUGUUGGCCGUGGGGGCCAGUUGUUUGAAAAUUUCUUUGGUUGAUUUCAGUAAAGGAUUUAAUGAUUGUGGGGAAAAGAACAUUACAACCCUUGAGGGACAUGAAGACACGAUCUGUCAACUGAGAUGGAGUCGCGGAGAUUCAAUGCGGCUGGUGAGCGCUAGCUUCGAUAAAACGGUGCGUGUUUGGGAUGCACUAUCAUCGACGUGUCUGAAAGUGUACCAUGUGGGAAGCUUCGUAUAUAGUGCCAUGUUUUCACCGCUGGAUGAAAACAUCAUCAUUUACGUGGCCGCUAGUUCAUCGUUGGCAUUUUUCGAUUACACAAAAGAACACCCAAGGCAAACCAAAGUCAAAAAUGAGACGAGUGCCUCGAGAAAGUCCAAAAACUCGGCUGCACCGAAGAUUCAAAUUCCUUGGGCUUGCUCAGAAGACGUAGAGCCUAUAAAACACGAAACAUUCAAAGACACAAAGGCGUCCUCAAGCGCGACAGCUGCCGACGGCACUGGGACAGGUAACACUGAACAGAUCGCAAACACCACGAACGAUGCAAUCGAUGAUUUGGCUGACAAAGUACAGCAAGUUACCCUUAAGGCCAAAAAAGCUCGAAAUUUGCCGGCAAAGGAGGUUACAACGUUCUGUCUUGCAUAUCGUGAAGCCAACAAACCGAAGGAAACUUUGGAAUGCAUUGUCAAAAUGUUACACACCAUUGAGCCACCGCCUACUGAUCCGCUGGAUAAUAAUCAAAACAGCGACAGUGAAAGCGAAAAUUCGAACAGCGAAAACGAGAGUGACGUGAAAAAGGAAAGCGUCGAAGAGCCUAGCACUGAAAAAGUGUCCACGACCAAUCCGCCAGUGGAAGAUGGUCCCGUGUAUUACAACGAAAAACUGUUUUCUACGGAAGAAAAGCUUAAGCAGCUGAUUGAGGAAGAAGUCCAACACAGUAUGGCAUCGAAAAAGUAUUCGAUUGGAUUUGUAAUGAUGCCGCAUUUACUGCACAAGCUCAAGGAAACAAUAGUGGAGCGUAUCACUAAGAAAGACCUCACAAUCGAUCUUCUAGCCCUGGCACCGUACAUUUCCCAUAUAUUCUGGCGGCAAUGCUGUCAAGCGUACGGCUAUCAGUUAAUAGAGAAUGGAAAUUCAUUGGCCUCUGUUCCGUAUUUUCUCGCAAGCCACAAUGUGGACGAUGCGAUCGAAACACUUUGUGAUGGCAAGUAUUACCGGGAAGCAUGGGCCAUUUGCCGCCUGCAGAAAAUGCCCGACGAUCCCAUCAAUGAAAAGUUAGCGACCGACUGGGCGGAACAUCUAGAAUCCGUUGGCAAUCUGGAAGCUGCUGCGUUAGUAUGGACUGGUGUUAAGAAGUACGAAAAUGCCACCAAGGCCCUGUUGAAGCGUAAGGAGCUUACUAAAGAUAUUCUACAAACGAUAGAUGAGCUGCAGGUGAAAAUCCAAGAAGCAAAAUCUGCUAAGGAAAAGUAACUGAAGUGUGUUUAGAGUAUCUAUGAAUUCCAUCAUUUCGUCGGUUUUUAUAUUAUACCUUUCAUGCACUACAUACCGACAUUUGUUACAAAA